UUACUUCUUGACCUUUUCACAUUUAAAAAUCCAGCAAAACUUCACAAAAAUGAUCAAAAAACGCUUAGAGUUUCAAGAACUAAAACAUUAGACAGUAGUAAGUGACAUCCAUCUUUUGAUCCGUAAACUACAGCAUAUCACUCUCGUUUGCAACAAGACCUGCCAUUCAGUCUUCAAAACAAACGAUGCGAACAGACUGGGCUGAGCGAUAAAACUAUUUUAAAAUACAUAAUCGGUCAAUUCUACCUCGUAAAUGGGACUAGAUGAGUUCUUUUUAUCCUUUCUUGCCGUGCCGACUCCCCCUACCUCCUCAUCCGCUUGCAGAAUUGUAUAAAGAACAAAAAUCGUGCUGGGGAGGGGGUUGAUACGGCGAAGCUGAAAUCGAGAGGCGAACCCAGGAAAGAGGAGUAUUUUGUACACGGGACUUUCCCCCCCUUCGUCCCUAAAAAGGAGGGGGAAAAGUCAUAUUUUUUAAAACCGAUAAUUACAGAUAGGCUCAGGCGCCUACUUCUGAGGAAAUAUAUCUUAAUUCGUUAAAAAUAUGGCCGAGAACGUUCUGGACUCGCCUUCAGCCAAGAGGCCUAAACUGUCUUCCCCGGCACUAUCAGCCAGCGAUGGAAACGAUUUCAGCUCCCUUUUUGACCUGGAGCAUGAUCUCCCAGAUGAGCUAAUCAAUUCCUCAGAGCUGAGCCUGGCAAAUGGAGUGGACCACAGCCAGCUGCACACCAACUUCGGUAGUAGGGGUGGGGCCAUCGCAGGAGUUAUGUCCAGUGUCCAGGAUGCAGCAGCCAAGCACAAGCAGCUCUCAGAACUUCUCCGGCAUGGAUCCACACAUGCAGUACAGCAGCAGGGAACAAUGGGCAGUCCAAUGGGAGCCUCGAUGGGUCUGUUCGGGAAUAUGAAGGCUUCAAGUCCCCAGGGCAUGGGCCAACAAGGACAACAACAUCUUUCUCCUCAACAGGCUACCCUUAUGCAGCAACAGCAGCAGAUGUCUGGGAUGGUGGGCAUGAACAGGAAUAUGCUCGGACAUCAGAAAGGCAAUGGACAGCAGCAGACAGGAGGGCCCACUCCACAGCAGGAAAACAUGAUGGGAGGACAGAUGAUGAAUGGCUCGCCUAGAAUGGGACCUCACAAUCCGGGCAUGGGCAGUAAUGGCAACCUGCUAGCAGAGGCUCUUCAGCAGCAGCAGCAGACAGCAGGAGGCCAGGGGGGACUGAGGCCACAGCAGCCUGUAACAAUGAACAAGAUGGGAAUGAAUGCUGGUUCAGGCCCCUAUGGAGGCCCAUAUGGUCAGCCUGCCAGUCAGAGUAUGGGUGUUGCAGGGCUGGCCCCUUUACUCCAAAACAAACCAGGUCUGCCCAACAGUCCGGCCCAGUUUAACCUCAACAAGAAACCUCAGCCUAUGCAAGGCAUACCUGGCAUGCAGGCUUCUCAGCCUUCCCCAGCCGGUGCUGCCGGAGGUGCAGGAACAGACGGCAUGGUACCCAACACUCAAGGAAGUCUUGGCCCUGGAUCAGCCACCUCAGUCGUGACUGCAGCAGGAGUGGGAGGUGUACCUCCAGCGGCCGACCCAGAAAAGCGCAAACUUAUACAGCAGCAGCUGGUGCUUUUGCUCCAUGCCCACAAAUGCCAGAGGCGGGAGCAGGCCAAUGGGGAAGUACGGCAGUGCAACCUGCCCCACUGUCGAACCAUGAAGAAUGUUCUCAAUCACAUGACGCACUGCCAGGCUGGCAAGUCUUGCCAAGUGGCGCACUGUGCCUCAUCCAGACAGAUAAUCUCUCACUGGAAGAACUGCACACGGCACGACUGCCCUGUAUGUCUACCUUUGAAAAAUGCAGGAGACAAGAGGAAUCAGCAGUGUGAGUCUCUCUUGAGUUCUGCAGUUGUGGGGUUAAGUACGUCUUUGGGUAAUGUGACUGGUGGCCCACCUAGUGCCCCCAAUCUCAACACCCCAGGGCAGAUAGAUCCCAGCUCCAUCGAGAGGGCUUAUGCGGCCCUUGGCCUCACAUACCAGGGAAACCAGGCAUCCCCUCAACCUGUCCAACAGUCACCACGGGCACUAAACACUAUGGGAGCAAAUCCUGUGGGUGUAAAUGGGGCAGUGGGUGGUCAGUCUCCGAAUCAGCAAUCUAAUCUUCUCCAGGAUACAAUGAUGCAUCUGAACAUGAACUCAUCAAGCCUGAUGAAUGACAACAAUGCCUUGGGUGGUGUGGGGUCUAUGCCUUUGGCCAACCCUGCUGCCAGUGGUGGCAUGAGGAAGAGCUGGCAUGAGGACAUUAAUCAGGACCUACGCAACCACCUGGUGCACAAACUAGUCCAGGCUAUUUUUCCAACUCCAGACCCAGCUGCAUUGAAGGAUCGGCGCAUGGAGAAUCUAGUGGCCUAUGCACGUAAAGUGGAGGGGGACAUGUAUGAGUCUGCUAACAGCAGGGCAGAAUAUUACCAUCUGCUUGCAGAGAAGAUCUAUAAGAUCCAGAAGGAAUUGGAAGAGAAGCGAAGGACACGGUUACAGAAGCAGGGUAUGAUGCCCACUCAGCCUGGCAUGUCCCCCACUGGCCUGCAACAAGGGCCACCCACAGGACUGUCACCUAAUGGUUCUCUCUCAGAUCCUACAAUGGUGCAGCCUUCUGGACCAAACCAGAUGAUGAACAGGUUGCAGAAUGCUGCUGGAAUGAGUCAAUUUAACCAUAUGGGAAUGCAGUCCAUGAGCCAGAGAUCUACACCACCUCUACCACUCAGCUCACCUCUAAACCAGGCGAGCAUGGGCACUGGCAGGAUGCCACAAGCGAAUGUUGCACAGAUGCAAAAUCAGUACAUCCAAUCUGGACAGUUUCCAGGUUCAGGACCUGCGCUUGGUGCUGGGCCUGGUGACAUGCCACACCCCGGAAAUGAGGGUGGUAUCACUCAACAGGGGCAAAUGCCUUUGUCAUCUCUGCCAGUCGGCAGUCCUUUAACCCAGCCUGGGUCUGCUGGGCCCUCUUUGGGCUCUCUGGGUCCCAAUAGCAUCCCUCCAUCAUCCACCCCAUCACAGUCCAUCAACCUCCCGCACUGUCCGCCUGUUCGCCAGAAUUCUCCUUCCCCAGCACGUAGCCGCACACCUACACCGCACCUCACGCCGCCUUCAGGUUUGUCGGGCUCACAGACGCCCCAGCCUCACACCCCAGGCCAACCCCAGUUAGCCACGACUGGCAAUCAGCAACAGUUACCUCCGUCCGCCACUUCUGACAAUGCCAUGCAGCCAUUAGGAGGAACUCCUCCCACUGUGCCUCAAUGUGGCCUUUCUACGCCAAACACAGGCCAGCAUCCACGCACUCCUUUGUCUCAUAAGGGCUCUCUGCCAGUGGACAGCCAGGCUACUACCCCUGCUUCCGUCAGCAGUGCAGAUGCCUCAUUUCAGCAGGGCCACGCAGACUCCAAAGCUGCCUUCGAGCUAAAGGUGGAAGUCAAGCAGAAAGAGGAGGAAGAGGAGGAUGAAGAAACCAUGGGAGGAGGACGAACUGGAAAGCAAGAAGACUUUAAAACUGAAGAAAAACCUAAGAUAAAGAAAGAGGAGCCUUUCAGUGAUGACUAUAAAGGUGUGCCAAUGGAGACAUUGUCCGCAGAAAAAGGAGAGGACAAAAAGCCAGAGCUAAAGACUGAGCCUAAAGAAGAGGAGGAGGGUUCAGGGUCCACAGUUACCCACAGCUCACCUUCUGGAGUCCCUAACAAGAAGAAAACAGUUUUUAAACCAGAGGAGCUGAGGCAGGCCCUGAUGCCCACACUGGAGUCCCUUUACCGUCAGGACCCUGAGUCUCUGCCCUUCCGCCAACCUGUGGACCCUUCGCUGCUGGGAAUACCAGACUAUUUUGACAUUGUGAAGAACCCAAUGGACCUGUCCACAAUCAAACGGAAACUUGACACGGGCCAGUACCAAGAGCCCUGGCAGUACGUCGAUGACAUCUGGCUCAUGUUCAACAACGCCUGGCUCUACAACCGCAAGACAUCGCGAGUCUACAAGUAUUGCUCCAAACUAGCUGAGGUGUUUGAGCAGGAGAUUGACCCGGUCAUGCAAAGCCUCGGCUACUGUUGUGGGAGAAAGCUUGAGUUCUCACCCCAAACUCUGUGCUGCUAUGGGAAGCAGCUGUGCACUAUACCCCGAGAUGCUGCUUACUUUAGUUAUCAGAACAGGUACCACUUCUGCGAGAAGUGUUUCAAUGAGAUCCAGGGUGAGAGUGUGUCCUUGGGAGAUGACCCAUCCCAACCUCAGACAUCAAUCAACAAGGAUCAGUUUGAAAAGAAGAAAAAUGACACACUUGACCCAGAGCUAUUUGUGGAAUGUAUGGAUUGUGAUCGUAAGAUGCAUCAGAUCUGUGUUUUGCACAAUGACACUAUCUGGCCAUCUGGCUUUGUGUGUGAUGGCUGCUUGAAGAAGUCCAAUAAGACUCGGAAAGAGAAUAAAUAUGCUUCUAAAAGGCUUCCACAGACCAAACUAGGCAACUUCUUGGAAGUACGGGUUAAUGACUAUCUGAAGCGACAGAAUCACCCAGAGUCUGGUGAAGUCUUUAUUCGUGUUGUUCAUGUCUCAGACAAAGUGGUGGAAGUCAAACCAGGCAUGAAGGCCAGGUUUGUGGAUAGUGGAGAGAUGGCAGAGUCUUUCCCAUACAGAACGAAAGCUUUAUUUGCCUUUGAGGAUGUUGAUGGUGUUGAUGUCUGUUUCUUUGGGAUGCAUGUGCAAGAGUAUGGCUCCGACUGUCCACCGCCUAAUCAAAGACGGGUUUACAUAUCCUACCUUGACAGUGUCCACUUCUUUCAGCCACGCAGUUUGAGAACAGGAGUGUACCAUGAGAUUCUUAUAGGGUACUUGGAGUAUGCCAAAAAACAAGGGUUCACCACAGGACACAUCUGGGCCUGCCCUCCUAGUGAAGGAGAUGAUUAUAUCUUCCACUGUCACCCUGCAGAGCAGAAGAUACCAAAGCCCAAGCGGUUGCAGGAGUGGUACAAGAAGAUGCUGGAUAAAGCGGUAGCAGAGCGUAUUGUUCAUGACUACAAGGACAUCUUCAAACAGGCAACAGAGGAUCGUCUUACCAGCGCUAAAGAACUGCCCUAUUUUGAGGGUGAUUUCUGGCCUAAUGUGCUUGAAGAGAGCAUCAAAGAGCUGGAGCAGGAGGAGGAGGAAAGAAAGAGGGAGGAAAACAGCACAUCCAAUGAGAGUGUUGAUAUGACAAAAGGUGAUAGCAAAAAUGCCAAGAAAAAGAACAACAAAAAAACAAGUAAGAACAAGAGCAGUCUAUGUCGAGCCAACAAAAAGAAGCCAGGGAUUCCAAAUGUGUCCAAUGACCUUUCACAGAAACUGUACGCCACUAUGGAAAAGCACAAAGAGGUGUUUUUUGUUAUCCGGUUGAUCGCUGGGCCCAAUUCCAAUUCCCUUCCUCCCAUUGUUGACCUGGAUCCUUUGAUGGCAUGUGAUUUAAUGGAUGGUCGUGAUGCCUUCCUAACACUUGCACGGGACAAGCAUCUGGAGUUUUCUUCACUACGACGUUCCAAAUGGAGCACUAUGUGCAUGCUGGUGGAAUUACACAACCAAAGCCAGGAUCGUUUUGUCUAUACCUGCAAUGAGUGCAAGCACCAUGUCGAAACUCGCUUCCAUUGCACUGUUUGUGAGGACUAUGACCUCUGUGUCAAUUGUUACAAUAUAAAAAAUCACCAGCACAAGAUGGAAAAACUGGGCCUGGGUUUGGAUGACGAAAGCAACAGCCAGGCUGCUUCCUCAAUGCAGAAUCCUGGAGACUCCCGUCGUCUCAGUAUCCAGAGGUGCAUCCAGUCCCUGGUGCAUGCUUGCCAGUGCCGCAAUGCCAACUGCUCACUUCCAUCUUGCCAGAAAAUGAAACGUGUAGUUCAGCAUACAAAGGGCUGCAAGCGCAAAACAAAUGGUGGGUGUCCUAUCUGCAAGCAGCUAAUUGCACUCUGUUGUUACCAUGCAAAACACUGCCAAGAGAACAAGUGCCCUGUGCCAUUCUGCCUCAACAUCAAGCAGAAAUUGCGGCAGCAACAGCUCCAGCACAGGCUACAGCAGGCUCAGAUGGUGCGCAGAAGAAUGGCCAGCAUGCAGAGGGCAGGUAUGCAGCUACCAGGAAGCAAAGGUGGGCUGCCAUCUCCAGGGAACAAUAGUACUACUGGACCCAGCACACCAACACCCAGCACUCAGUCCCCUACCCCACAGACACCCACUCAGCAAUGCCAGCCUCCUGUGCCACAGCCUGGAGUUGGAGGUGUUCCAUCUCAGCAACCACAGCAAUUGGCAGGGAUGGCACAUCAGUACCAGCAAAUGUCCGGAGGAAGUGGGAUAAUGAACUCCCCACAGCAGCCCUUGAUACCACAACAGCAGCAACAGCCAACAUCAGUUCAGCAGCUUCAGCAUCCCAACAACCUUCCUCCAUAUGUACAAAGACCUCCUGGAUCCUCUCAAAUUUCCCAGUCCAUGGGAAAUCCAGGCAUUGGGCUGAGCAGCUUCCCUCAACAGCAACAGCCAAACCUAGGACAGCCUGUUAUGCCGCAACAUCAGCAACCUGGUCCCCCACCUGCUGCAGUAGAAAUUGCCAUGAAGAUUCAACGAGUGGCAGAGACCCAAAGGCAAAUGGCUCAGCAGAAGAUCCUGCAAAGGAACCAGGGACCAGGGAUGAUACCUCCACAUGGCAUGCAUCAGGGUCCCCAAACUCAAGGCCAAAUGGGCCUAAACAUUCCUGGGUCUGGAAUGGUUGGACCUCAGGGAAUGCCAUCCCAGGCACAAGCUGCAGUGGCUCGAGCUCACGUAGAACAGCAGCAGGGAAUGAUGACAGCAGGCAUGCAGCAGCAGUCUGGACCUCAGAUUCCGCUCCCUCAAGUCCAGUUGCAGCAAGCCCAGCAAGGAGGACCACAAAUUCAGGCUCCACAGCAACAGCAGCAGUGGGUGGGACCUGGCAUGCCUCCUCAGCAGAGACCUGGAUUAAUGAACCAAAUGGGUCUGCAAGGAAUGGCUGCACCCCAGCAACACCAGCAGAUGGUUGGUCAACAGCAGCAGCAAGGGCAUUCAGGUCUAAUGGGUAUGUUGGGUGGCCAAGGAGGGUCCGUUCCAGCUGGCGCUGGCACUGCAAAUCAUUCCCAGGCUGCCUUACAGGAACUCUUAAAAACCUUAAGGUUACCUAGCUCUCCCCAUCAGCAACAACAAGUCCUGAAUAUUCUACGUUCAAAUCCUCAGCUCAUGGCAACCUUCAUCCGGCAACGGGUUCCCAGGUACCUUGGUCGAGGUGGGCCUGGAAUAGGAGGUGCAGGUGUUGCAGCAGGACCCAGUGGAGGUCCAGGAGUCAUUGAUGGCCAGCAAUUAAAUGUAAAUCCUGGGGCAGCUCAGGCAGGUAUGCAUAUGACACAAGGAACUGGCAUGCCGAUGAAUCAGCAGCAGCAACAACAACAACAACAACAACAACAACAACAGCAACAGCAGCAGCAGCAACAACAGCGGUCUAUGAUGGGUGGCAGUUUGCAGCAACAACAGCAAAUGGUGGCUUUACAACAGCAACAGCAUCAGCAACAAGGUGUUAUGUCCAGCCAGGGCACCAACAUGUCCAACAUUUCCCCCAAGUUCCGAGAGUUGAUGAGGAGUCAUUUGCUGAGGCAGCAGCAACAACAACAACAGCAGCAACAUGUGGGAAACCAUGCUCAGUUUCAGCAUCCUCAACCACCUCAGCAGCAGGGCUAUCUUGGCCAAUCUGGAAUGCCUCCACAGCAGCCUGGACAACCUCUGUCUGGUGGUCUCCAGCAGCAACAAGCAGGUACCCAUUCUGGGACACAGCAGACCUAUUCUGGGUCUGUGUCCCAUCAGCAGGUUGCGGCUCUUCAACAGAGGUUGCAGCACCAGCAACUCCAGAUACAGCAGCAGCAACAACAACAACAACAACAACAACAACAACAGCAGCAGAAUGCUAUGGCUGGACUCCCAGCUGCUGAUGGAGGUCCUGGAGGUGGUGUACCCCUCCAUCAGCAGCAGAUGCAAUCUGCUCAAGUUGGUUCACAACCCUCAGUCAUGCUUUUGCAGCAAAGGCUCCUCCAGCAACAACAGUCACACCGAGGAGCAGGAUCUCCUGCUCAGCACAACAAUCCCAUGAGCCCUCAGCAUCCACAGCAACAAAUGUCCCAGUCUCCCCACUUGCAAGGUCAACAGUUGCCCACUUCCCUAAGCAACCAAGUCCGCUCACCCCAGCCAUCACCUCGUCCCCAGUCUCAGCCACCAAAUUCUUGUCCAUCUCCUCGCAUGCAGCCCCAGCCAUCACCCCAUCGCAUCUCUCCCCAGACCCAGACAGGGUCCCCUCACCAAGGUCAUCUUCCUCCGCACCACACUGGCAUGGUUGCUCCUUCACAACAACAGCAGCAGCCAUCUCAGCAGCAGCAGCAACAGGCCAAAGCUAUGGACCAAGACCCAUUUGGAGCAGACCAGAAUGCCAUGGUUUCACAGCUUGGUGGAAUGGGAGUCUUGCAUGGGCAAGGGACAAGUGAUAUGCUCAAUAAUAACCAAGAAAUGGGGACAAACAUAAAUCACAACUCUUUAGACUAGUGUUGCAGUGCUCCAAAAAACUGUACUGAUUGCCAGGGGUUGGUUGCAGAUUGAAUCUAGGAUUUACAAUGGAUGUCAUCAAUAGUAUUAUUAUUAUUUAAUAUUUUUCUUACGUAAUUGAAAAGAACUGAACUUCCUAUGGGAGAUAAUACAUGUGCAAGUCAACAAAUUAAAUUAAAUGAAUGGUAAGUUAUUGAUGGUACUAAUAUA